AUGGCACCCCGCGGGUCGCUGCUGCUGCUGCUGGCUCUGCUGCUGCUGAGCUGCUCCCUGCCCCGUGGCCACGGCCAGCACUGGUCCCAUGGCUGGUACCCGGGGGGCAAACGGGACCUCCGGACCCCCAGGCUCUGUCCCGGCUGGUCCCCGCGGGCGGUGCCGGCGCGGGGCCGCAAGACCCGCAGCGAUCCCCCCGCCAAGUCCAAGGCGGGCCGGGUGAAGCUGCCGCCGCCCGUGGACCCCGAGGAGCUGCUGGUGGUGCAGGAGCGGUACCGGCAGUACCGGCUGGUGCUCAGCGCCCUCCGGGCGGAGUUCAGGGCCGAGGUGCUGCAGAAGAAGCGGGAGGAGCGCCUGGCUGCCGAGGGCUCGCUGGAGGAGCAGGAGGAGCACCGGCGCCUGAUGGCCUGGAAUGAUGAGGAGAACGCCCGGCAGCGGGCACGCAGAGAGGAGCGGCUCAGGAAACAAGAGGAGGAGGAGAAGAGGAGGAAGUUAGAGAUUGCAGAGAAACAGGCCAGGAAAAUGGAGGCUUUCGUGGAGGAGAAGGAGAAGGAAGUUCUCCAGCUGCAGGAGGAAGCCAAAAACUUCAUCACCCUUGAGAACCUGGAGGCACGGAUCGAGGAGUGCCUGGACAACCCACAGAACUACAACUUUGCCAUCGACAAGGACGGGCGGAUCGUGAAGCGCACGAUGCUGUCAUAGCAGCCCUGGCAUGGGGCUCCAGAGCCCCACACACAGCACAGAUCCUUCCUCUGAGUGGGUAAAUUGACCACAGAAGUGGUGGAGAAAGGCCACAGGUGUGGCUCUGCUGUUUCCAAAGGGUUAAUGUCUGUGGGAAAGGGGGUGAGGGGGAACUCGGAGGCUCCAGCAGUCUGGCUCAGCCCUGUUGCUGUGCCUGUGAUCUCACCUCCCACCUGUUUGGAUCCCUCCUGCCUUCUCACACAGCACGUGGGGAGGAGCAGGAGCAGUCCUGAGGCAGAGCCUGGCUCUGAGCUCCUCACUGUCAGCUCCUCUGGGUGCUUCCAAAGGCAAACAAGAGCUGAAUGAAUUUGUAGGAAACACUGACCUUCCCUUUUUUUGUUGUUGGGGUAAGGAAUUAAUUAUAAUCCUGAUUUCACAUUUUAAACCCUCCUUUGCACAUCUCUUGGUGUGGCUGAAUAAUAAAAUGUGUCUGAAUGAUCCAG